AUGUCCGCCUCUGCAAUCCCUGAAGUCAACGGCGGGCUCGAGAGUCAUGUCACGGUUCAGAAGCGAGCUUACUAUUCACCUCCUUGGGCGGAUGUCAGCAUUAUCGGCGUCGCGGGCAGCUCAGGUUCAGGCAAAUCGACCCUAUCCCAGGCUAUCGUCAAGAAGUUGAACCUACCCUGGGUCGACUCUUUCUAUAAGACCUUGACACCUGAGCAGUCUAAACUGGCCUUCGCCAACGAAUAUGACUUCGACUCGCCUGAUGCCAUCGAUUUCGAUGUUCUGGUCGAUAAGCUACGGGAUCUUAAGGCUGGAAAACGGGCUGAAAUUCCCGUUUAUUCAUUCGCCAAGCAUUCUCGGCUGGACCGUACAACAUCCAUCUACUCGCCUCACGUGCUUGUCCUAGAGGGUAUUUUUGCGCUUUACGAUCCCCGAGUGCUUGAGCUGCUUGAUAUGGGUAUCUAUUGUGAAGCAGAUGCAGAUACUUGUCUGUCACGAAGACUUGUCCGUGAUGUGCGAGAGCGUGGGCGAGAUAUUGAGGGUAUCAUCAAGCAGUGGUUUGGAUUCGUUAAGCCAAACUUUGAGAAGUUUGUUGAACCUCAACGAAAGGUUGCCGAUUUGAUCGUGCCGAGAGGAAUAGAGAACAGAGUUGCACUUGAAAUGAUGGUUCAGUUUGUCGAGAAGAAGCUGUUCGAGAAAUCACGACAUCAUCGAGAGGCACUGUCCCGUCUGGAGGCAGCAAGUAAGGAUUCGCCGCUUUCUGAACGGGUUGUGGUCUUGGAUGAUACACGACAGCUCAAAUUCAUGAACACCAUUCUUCAAGACAUCGACACAGAUCCUGAGGAUUUCAUCUUCUACUUUGACAGGCUUGCUAGUCUGAUCAUUGAACAGGCCCUCAACAAUGCCCAUUUCGAGGCCAAGAAUAUUGUAACACCUCAAGGAUAUGAAUACAAGGGUCUUAUAUCAACGGGUGAGGUCUGCGCCGUUAUUGUACUCCGAGGAGGAUCGGCGUUUGAGCCGGCGCUUCGAAAGACUAUUCCCGACUGCCGAACGGGUCGUCUUCUUAUCCAAUCCGACUAUUCCACGGGAGAGCCGGAACUUCAUUACUUACGACUACCUGAUGAUAUUGCAGAUCAAGAAAGCGUCUUGCUUCUGGACACCCAGAUGGCCACUGGAGGUGCAGCGUUGAUGGCGGUGCAAGUCCUGGUCGAUCACGGCGUAAAACAGGAUCGUAUUGUUCUAGCAACCUACUCGGCCGGCAAGGUUGGACUUCACAGAUUGACGUCCGUUUUCCCAGAGAUUACAGUCGUGGUUUGCAACAUGCUCGACUACCAACAAGAACGAUGGGUCGAGAAGAGUGGUAGUCAAAUCAAGAUUGAUGAUAAGGAUUAUCGGAAUGUCCGAUAA